CCACAUCAACGGAUCCGUCCAAAAAGAAUCCUUAGCAUUUGGUAGCAGCGCGGGCCUCCUAACGGCCGCUCAGCGAGCGCGGCGGAAGCGCGGUGGCGCCGUCGCCGUCGCUGCCACUCCCGGGCGCGGCGGCCUGGGACCAGCGGGAAAGCGUGGCGGGCCCUGAAGAUGGGCGGUUGAGCCGAGCCGCAGGGCCCAACUGCAGUUGCCGGGUCCGGGUGGUGGGCGCGCUGCGCUGUCCCAGUGGCCCUGCCCCCGUGGCCCGCAGGUGGGAGGACCGGCCCGCGAGCUGGGACCAGGUGAAGGUGGGUGGUGACCCAGAGUUGGGGUGGGCUGAAGGAGAAGGGGUCCUGCGGCUCUGCAGAAACUGGCAAGUCGUCUCAGAGCAUUGGAAAGAAUACUGAUUAUUUCCUGAGCGCCUAUUAUGUCCCAGUCCCUGCUCUAAGUGCUAGGAAGCCUACCGGGAACCAGGAAGCAGUACCUUGAAGAGGAAGUGGAGGGAGAGUCAAUUCUUAGUAUAGCAGAGAGAUGGAGAGCAGCAAACAGGAUUUAUUGAGAGCCUAUUCUACGGCAGAUACCAAGCCGGGCAUUGAAGGAAACAACAAGCACUUAAAACAGAUUAACAGAGAAGGGUCUUCUUUAGGAAGAGUCACGGCGCCGCUGAUCUUUGCCAUCUCCAUCGCUACGAUAGGCUCUUUCCAGUUUGGCUACAACACAGGAGUCAUCAAUGCUCCCGAGAUGAUCAUAAAGGACUUUCUCAACAACACUUUGAAUAACACACACAACAACCCUCGCGAUGAGGUGUUACUCACUUCCCUCUGGUCUUUGGCUGUGGCCAUCUUCUCCGUCGGUGGUAUGAUUGGCUCCUUCUCCGUUGGACUCUUUGUCAACCGCUUUGGCAGGCGCAAUUCGAUGCUCAUCGUCAACCUGUUGGCUGUCGCUGGUGGCUGCCUUAUGGGGUUCUGCAAAAUAGCCAAGUCGGUUGAAAUGCUGAUCCUGGGCCGAUUGAUUAUCGGCCUCUUCUGCGGCCUCUGCACAGGUUUUGUGCCCAUGUACAUUGGCGAGAUCUCGCCUACCGCCCUGCGGGGGGCCUUUGGCACUCUCAACCAGCUGGGCAUCGUCGUCGGGAUUCUCGUGGCUCAGAUCUUUGGCCUGAAAGUCAUCCUGGGGACAGAAGAGCUUUGGCCCCUGCUGUUGGGCUUCACCAUCAUUCCCGCGAUCCUACAAAGCGCAGCCCUUCCCUUCUGCCCGGAGAGUCCUCGAUUCUUGCUCAUUAACAGAAAGGAAGAGGAGAACGCCAAGGACAUCCUCCAGCGAUUGUGGGGCACCCCGGAUGUGACUCAGGACAUCCAGGAGAUGAAAGAUGAGAGUGCUAGGAUGGCACAAGAAAAGCAACCCACGGUGCUGGAGCUCUUCAGAUCGCCCAGCUACCAGCAGCCCAUUAUCAUUUCCAUCAUGCUCCAGCUCUCCCAGCAGCUCUCUGGAAUCAACGCGGUGUUCUAUUACUCAACAGGCAUCUUCAAAGAUGCGGGCGUCGAGGAGCCAAUCUACGCCACCAUUGGCGCGGGUGUGGUUAAUACCAUCUUCACUGUCGUUUCUCUGUUUCUGGUGGAAAGGGCAGGGAGGAGGACCCUGCAUAUGAUUGGCCUUGGAGGGAUGGCUUUUUGUUCCAUCCUCAUGACCAUCUCCUUGUUACUAAAGGAUAACUAUAAUUGGAUGAGUUUUGUCUGUAUUGCUGCUAUCUUGGUCUUCGUGGCCUUCUUUGAAAUUGGCCCAGGCCCCAUUCCCUGGUUUAUUGUGGCCGAACUCUUCAGCCAGGGACCCCGCCCAGCUGCCAUGGCAGUGGCUGGUUGUUCGAACUGGACCUCCAACUUUCUGGUGGGGCUACUCUUCCCUUCAGCUGCAUUCUAUUUAGGAGCCUAUGUUUUUAUCAUCUUUACUGGCUUCCUUGUCAUCUUCCUGAUCUUCACCUUCUUCAAAGUCCCUGAGACCCGUGGCAGGACUUUUGAGGAAAUCACACGAGCCUUCGAAGGGCAGGCGAGGGAGGCUGUCAGAGGUGAGAAAGGCCCCAUCGUGGAGAUGAACAGCAUCCAGCCCGAGAAGGAGACCGCCACCAGCGUCUAAGCCGUGCCUCCUCCCCGCCUCCCUCCCAACACGGAAAAGCAACCUCUCCCCAGAGGAGGGAGAGACCUCAUCAGGUUGUAACCCAGGACUGUUUCCGAAUGCUGCUACUUGAUUCCUUUCUCUUCCCUCACACACCAUGAGCACUCAGAGGAGCCCAAUGCUGGACUUAGUCGUAUCUUCAAUGGCUUUCGAAACAUUUCAGUUCUUGGACGUUUCUCUUCCGUGUAGAAGAGACCAAGUGAACCUAGCUUCAUCUCCGGAGAGACUGGCCACUUGGCUUAUGACAACAUUGCCAGCUCUUCCUCCCUUGGCUUCUACUGUGGCCCCACAAGGGCCUACAGGGGAGUAAGAGUGAGGUACAGUUUCCCUGACCCCAGACUUACCAGGAAGCAGAUCUACAGGAGUGUGGAGGGCAGAGAGGGAUUAAAUACGAGCACCUUCCUCGCUUCCAUACAGCUCUCUGCAGAGCAGAUUAACUUGAGUUUUAUUUAUUUUUACCUUCUGGUUUUAUUGCAUAAAUAUUUAUUUUUUUAAGUGUGAAGUAAUUUUACCAAAUAAUGGAAACGUAAGGAAAUUGAGGUUAGAGGGAGGCGCUUAAAGAGAGGUUUAUAGGGUAGAAGAUUCGAUACUGGCGAGGUCAAGGUGCAAUAAGGGAAGAUUUGCAGAGAAAAGUAAUGUGUUAUCGGAGGGGGUACGAUGGGGUGCGUGAAUGUUGCGCGUUGCCUCUCAGCGAUUUCUGUCCUUCAGGUGGAAACUCUCAAGUUAAAUUUCUCAGAGAAGUCAUGUGCCUGUAUUAAGCUACUGGUUACCUUUGGAACUUUUUUCUUUGUUUAAGAUUUUAUGUAGUGUUACUUGAAAUCUCGGGUUAUUAUUGAGAUGGGCAUUGUAGUUAAUGGUGGUUAACGGGUUCUAAUUUUGGUUGGAGUCCGAAGAAGGGAAGGCGGUUUCUAGCAAUCCUGUCUCCCCUCGCUGGACCAAACAACUCCCUCCCCUUGUAGUGGACUCACUUUUUUGUAUUUUGUUUUUUUAAUGAGCUCCUACCACCUGCCUGGUGGGAGAGCCUUCCCAAUGAGCAUCCCAAAAUAUUGGUUCUUGGUAGAGGUUCAGUAUUUCUAAAUGCUAUUCUUUAGGAGAUUUUAGUUGUUGAUUUUUAUUUUGUUUUAAGCCAUAGCUUUAAAAGAAUUCAGAGGAGAAUGUUGGUAACUACCUUGAAUUUGUAACCUCAGCUCUGGGGGUGGGUCUUUUCCUGAACGAUUAUUAUCCAGUUGAACUAUAUGUUGUCGCUUUAAGGUCAUUGCAUGUGUGUUCAUCUGUUGCCAUAUUUCCAUAGUGUUACGUCAAGUGCCCUUCGGGGCCGUACAUUUGAGACAGUUAUGAGUAAGUGUGCAGUGUAACCCACACUUGAGAGAGUAUGAAUGUAUGUGCACUGACACUUUGCUCUGGGUAAGGUAGUUUAUUGGUAACUUGUUUCCUUGGUGUUCUACAGCCCCCCCUUUCGAACAGAAUGUGUUAAAACUCAUCUCUCUAUAUACAGAGAACACUGCCUCUUCUGGGUGGAAUUUGCAUCUAUGGUUUUCUUCCAGACUUUAUACAGUUCAGUCUCAUCUGGCUACCUUUCCCUGUUGGAGAGAUGGGGGAGAAUUCCUUAAGGAGACUGCUGGUGGUAGAUUCCAUCUCACCCUAGACCCAGACAGUGGGAGUAGGAAAGAAGUGUGAGAUCAGGACAUGUGGCCUCUGGAGGUCGUUGGAGGGGAGUCAUGGGGUAGUGGGAGGCCUUUCUCUUAAGAGGACAAAGAAACAAACUGAAGACUUCUAACUCUGGAGCAUUUCGGAGAAUUAGAUGAGAUGGAGGGGUUUCUGUUCGCCCCAGCUCACAGACACCUCCACAAAUCUCUAGUUUCCCAGUAUUUGAAUAAAUGGAGAUUGGACCCCAUGACAUUUACUCUGUCUUCCCUCUUUCAUAUGUUGCUUGAUCACCCUCUCUCUCCUUGGUGCUUACACAGUUCAGGCCCUUUAGCCAAACCCUUGCCUAUGACAGUAUUUUACUUCCCAGUUCUCACUGUCCCCUCUGGUCGUUGAGCCGCUGGAAAGAAAAACAAAACAAAACUCACAGAGCUUUUGGAAUGGGGCUUUGAACAGGUGACUUCCUCUAACCGCCCUUCUACUUCUGGCUCCUCAAAAACAGUGGGUUGGCAGUUAGCAGGUGGAAGUCUUCCCAUUUCGCAGCGACCGGAUUGUGAAUAUUUCCAAAUGGAUUUUCUAUUACUAAUGUUACUGUGGUUCUUUGUUUUGAAAUAAAAAUUCUGAAUGUACAUAUGA